GACAAAUAGCACGCAGCUUUAGUAGGUAGAACGGAGCUUUCGAUGUGACCUCAUAAGGCUAUGAGUGAAGCCAAGGGGCCGGCAACGCCCUGCCGCAGCACAGAAGGAUAGAAACGUCGAGAAACGCGGGACAAAGCGGGGGUUCCGGGCGUUGGCGUGUCAGGAUGACGUCAUACAUACCGUGCACCAGCCAAUGGGGAGCCGCUAUUCAAACGACCAGCCUACUAGCCGUUUGGCGUCUUCUGCAGCGCAGCACCGGUUCAACGGCAGUUGCUUGCUUGCAGUCGCUUGGAAGGGCCACCUUACGGCAUACUCCCAAGCGAUUUCUUUGUUGGCGUUGGUUUCCAGUUUUCUAAACCGAAAAAAUGCGUGAGUGUAUUUCUGUCCACGUCGGCCAGGCGGGUUGCCAGAUCGGCAAUGCCUGUUGGGAACUGUACUGUCUGGAACAUGGAAUCCAGCCUGAUGGGCAGAUGCCUUCAGACAAGACUUUGGGAGGUGGCGACGAUUCUUUCAACACCUUUUUCAGCGAGACUGGUGCAGGAAAGCAUGUUCCCCGAGCAGUCUUCGUGGAUCUGGAGCCAACGGUUGUUGAUGAGGUGCGCACUGGUACUUACCGGCAGCUCUUCCAUCCAGAACAGCUGAUCACCGGGAAAGAAGAUGCUGCUAACAAUUAUGCUCGUGGUCACUACACAAUUGGCAAGGAGAUUGUAGACCUGGUAUUGGAUCGCGUCCGGAAACUUGCUGACCAAUGCACAGGCUUGCAGGGCUUCCUCAUUUUCCAUUCCUUUGGUGGUGGCACUGGGUCAGGAUUCACUUCCUUGCUGAUGGAGCGCCUUUCUGUGGAUUACGGCAAGAAGAGUAAACUUGAAUUCGCUAUCUACCCUGCCCCUCAAGUAUCCACUGCUGUUGUAGAGCCAUACAACUCCAUCCUCACUACCCACACCACUUUGGAACAUUCCGAUUGUGCCUUCAUGGUUGACAAUGAAGCAAUUUAUGACAUCUGCCGCCGCAACCUUGACAUUGAACGCCCCACAUAUACCAACUUGAACAGGCUUAUUGGUCAGAUUGUAUCCUCCAUCACUGCCUCUCUUCGUUUUGAUGGUGCCUUGAAUGUAGACUUGACUGAAUUCCAAACUAACUUGGUGCCAUACCCACGUAUUCACUUCCCUCUUGUAACUUAUGCUCCUGUCAUUUCUGCUGAGAAAGCCUACCAUGAGCAGCUGUCUGUAGCAGAGAUCACAAAUGCCUGCUUUGAACCUGCUAACCAGAUGGUGAAAUGCGAUCCUCGUCAUGGCAAAUACAUGGCCUGUUGCAUGCUGUAUCGUGGAGAUGUUGUCCCAAAGGAUGUGAAUGCUGCCAUUGCCACCAUCAAGACUAAGAGGACCAUUCAGUUUGUGGACUGGUGUCCUACUGGAUUCAAGGUGGGCAUUAACUACCAGCCGCCUACAGUUGUGCCUGGAGGUGACUUGGCAAAGGUCCAACGUGCUGUUUGCAUGUUGUCCAACACCACUGCAAUUGCUGAAGCGUGGGCUCGUCUUGACCAUAAAUUUGACCUUAUGUAUGCCAAGCGUGCUUUUGUGCACUGGUACGUUGGUGAAGGUAUGGAGGAAGGAGAGUUUUCAGAGGCCCGUGAAGAUCUGGCAGCUUUGGAGAAAGACUAUGAAGAAGUUGGCAUGGAUUCUGUGGAAGGAGAGGGCGAAGGAGCUGAAGAAUACUGAGCCAUUUUGGAGUUGCAUCUGGAUAUUGAUACAUAACACAUGUAUUAAUUGAAUUUAGCAUUCCAGGAUCUUGAAAUGUUUUCUACUGAAAAUAAAAAUUUUUUUCACCAGAA